AUGGCGGACGCAGUGAAUCUGCAAUUUCAAGUUCGACAAAAUAAUGAAGAAUUACAGGACUUUUUAAAAGAUCUUUAUCAGUGGGAAGAUGAAGUACAAACUAAAGACAAGUUGUUAGUUAAUUCUAAGACUCCUGCAGACUCGGUAAGCUUAUAUACUCCGUGUGUAAAUUGUAUUUGUAUUUGUUUUCUUCAAAUGUUAUAGUAUUAUAAAAUUAUGUCAUUCAUUUAUAGUUUAUUUAUUUGGACUGAAACUGUACAAACAAAUUCAUUUACACAAAUAGUAUUAAAGAGUUUGUGUUAAAACCUGUAAAAUACUGCAAAAUUAAUGCACCUAUCCAGACUGCAGAGUAGGGCAAUUGCGCCCCCGAGGUUUGUUACGUCACAAAUUUUAGCGCCCACGAAAUAUAUUAUGCAACAAUUUUCCAUGCACUAUCCGCCCACCAAUCAGACGUACUAAGUUCGGAAGAUAAGAAUGCGUGACCAGGGCCGUUGCGAGGACUUUGCCUUUGGGAGAGGAUAGAUUUACCGCCUGAACUGUUUCAAUUCAUCUGAUUUUGCGAUGCCCGCAAAGCGCUAUCAUGGUUGGCGCCGAGCAAAAAUUUUUGAAAAUUUGAAUUCUCUAGACCGUCGAAAAUAGCAUUUUUAGAGUUUUUCCUACCCAAGAUUUCAAUGUUUUACUAGUGAUUACUACUGCCUAACAAUGAAGAUAAUUAAAAUAACUACUGAUCAAUAUGACAGUGUUACUUACAGAUUAAUGUGACUAGGAAAAUUGAGAAAAUUUUGGAAAUUUGGAGUCUCCAGAUCCUCAGAAGCGUAUUUGGCCAUGUACCCCCAGCUAAUUAUACGUUUGCACACAGCGUUGUCAAUGAGUUAUUGUACGAAAAGUGGGAUAGCGUUAUAUAAUAGUAAAAACGCGUAAAUUUAAGAUCAUUGACUUCAUUGUAGUUAUGCGUGCGGGACAGCGGGAACAAAAGCAGAAUGCAUAACUUUCACACGAAAUGCGGGAACCUUGGUAGGUCCGGAUCAAUAUGGGUAACAUUCUUGUACUAGGGUGUAUAUUUUCCUGCGUAUGUUAUUAAUAUUAACACAUGCAGUUCUUGAAUAUAGUCUUCCGAUUGCCAAAGGUUGCUUAUUAAAAGGCAGAAGCCAGAAGUUAACAGAACUUGAUGGUGUAAUGGCAUAUUGGUGCUCAUAGUAAAAGUUAUCUAGUUUAUACUUACAACUAUUUAUGUGUGACGGCAGUGAGUCUCACCGCGAAUACAGGUUCGUAACUAAAAAUUCUAAAAUGUCAAAAAUUGUCGGGGGUUUAUUAUUAUUUAUUUCCCGCGUGUCUGCAGCUUGCGCAUAAAUUAAGAAGCGUGUCUUCUGCAAUCCAGUAAGUGUCAGCGGGGUAUUUUAUGCUGAUUUUGAUUACUUGAUGUUACUGGAUGUUGAUGUAAUUUUACUAUGCCGCAGUCGCAGCGGAGUUGACUUGUGAAGAAAACAAAAAAGAUGUGAAACAAAUUAAGCCAUUUUCUUCUUGUUUCAGCAAUGACUGCCUUUUGGGAGGCUGGCCGCCCAAAGGCCGCCCCUGAAUCCGCCCCUGGGACAUUUUUGCGCCCCUGCCCCGGGAUUUUUCAGCUUUCCGCCCCCGAGAUCUCGGCGAAAACGGACGUACUCUGCAGUCUGGGCACCUAUCAAUGUUAACCCCCAGGGGGGGGGGGUUGAUCAUCAAUUGCAUCCCCACCCUGGGGAUUUUGAUUAGCAUUUUGGCCCUGAGUUGGGGCAAUUUGAACCGAAUGACUUUUAUUAAUAUUGUAUUUAUUGCAAAAUGGUGGGGUAUUUGACCAAUAUUUAUUGCCCGAUGGUGGGGCAUUUGAUUGAAAAUUUGCUCAAAAAAUCAAAUCAGCCCCCUCUGGGGCUUAACAUUGAUAGAUGCAUAAGUAUUUGCUAGAGUCUUGAGAUCUUUUAAUACCAUUUGGUCUAUACCAUACCACAGUAUUAAAUCACCAUCAAAACUACCAACCCAAACUACUAAGUUUGCAAUGCAUUCCUUGUAGUCACAUCCUGUAAGAAAUAAACCUCGGAAAAAGAAACCCAAGUCAAUAUUGAAACAAACUCCUACAGAGACGAAAUUGAAGGGGUCGGACUUCCAGGCGUGGGACAAAUAUGACGUGGUGGGUACAAUGUCUUGUCGUCGACAAAUGACCAUAAUCUUGAAAACACUUUGCAUGGGGAGAUAUAGUUCUAUAGACCACAACAGAAGCAUGUAAAUGAUGGACUAGUCUAGGUUGUAGUAUUAGUUAGGUAAUUUUAAAUUUUAAUUGAUGAAACCCAAGGUGUGUAAAAGCUAUGGCUGUGUUAAUGGGGUGGUCAUAAGGUGGGUUUUCAUAGUACCUUACAGGAAAGUUUUGAAAUUGCAAGCCAAAUUAUUUGAAGAUCUAAUACAGUAGAAACAAUGUAAAUAGAUUGUUAUAUUCCCAUUACUUACUUUAAUACAGGGGCGGAUCCAGCUCCUGAGCUGACUGAUGCAUACAUAAGAACUCGCAUUUGUCGGGGGGUCCGGGGGUAUCCUCCCCCGGGAAAUUUUGAAAUCUAGAACCUCGGAAAUGCGAUUUCCUGCGUUCUGAGCAAACUCUUUUGUUCCAAUUCAUACAUCAGAGUCACAAAAUUAUUUGCUGCAUUUUUGGAAAGCACGUAAAAAACUUGAACCUAUAUCGCAAAAACAACAUAAUUUUUCCAUAUAAGAAAAAAUAUUUGCUUGUACAAGUGUAAUAGCAGCAGCGGUACAUAAAUCUCUAUUAAAAAAUAGUCAGUACUUACUACUGUGCUUCUUGUAGCCUUAACUUUUCUAUUGAAAAACAUUUCGGCAAAAAAUCACGACAACGCAAAUACACACAUACGUGUAACAAAGGUGUAUACAGUGUGAUCCACUAGUUGCAAUGUUGGACUCAAAAGACAGUGUUAUUAGGUUUCUUAACCACCUUCCCUGAGGCUUAUUCAUUUCCACUAAUUUGCAAUGUUCCAUGAGUAAAAUUUUUUAGCAUUAGAAUGGUGCAUAAAGGUAUUUUGUGCUCUAGUUGGUAAACUUAUUUAUAUACAACUCUGUCUUAUGCUGCUAACCUUACUCUGUGUGGACAGUGUUGUUGGCAUCAAUAUGUCAAUUUUAUUCACCCCUAGCAAUAGAUGCCUUUGAUGUGAAUUGCAUAUUUGCAUGGUGACUAGCCCACACUCUAAAUUACUGAGAAUAUUGCCCUGUCACCAGGAAACCAGUAAAACUAACACACAACAAGCACUGAGUUUUAAAAUUCUAUAAGUAUAACUAUAGGUACACAUGACCCCAAACUUUAAAUCAAUAGAUAUAUAUAUAGUGAUACUGUGUGUAAAUUGAUUUAAUGAACUAUCUUAGUUGAAAAUUGUUUGUCAAAUGAACCUACCAAACUGUACAAUGAUAAACAAUAUAUGAUGACAUAAUUGAAUCAUCAGAUGUCUUCUAUCAGUCCCCUUUUGCCUGCCUUUCAACUAAUAUAUUAAUAUAGUACUCUUUUAAGAUGAUGUCAAUGUAGAAAGGCUGCGCAGUAAUAUUGAUCAAUAUUUUCCCUGUGUUACUAUAUAAAUGCACAUCUUCGUCAAAUAUAUCCGUACACUUAUCAAUGGUAAUCCUCAGAGAGCCAUGCUGGCUAUCCAAAACAUAGUAUUGGGAGAAUUAAGCACUACAAAUAUAUAUAAUUUAAUUAAAUCUAUACCACUUUUGUGAGCAAAUUUCAUAAUUAUAACCUAUAUACACCAGUUACAUGCAGUUAUAUACAGUAUUUAUAACGUCCAUCAUUUUAUCAUUCUAAGAUUAAAAUUUGUCAACAGAAUGACAUAUACAGCUUAUAUCAAAUUAUAUUUGCACCGACAAAGCAUAUGUACCAAACUAUGGUAGGCGAGCACGCCCAGGUAAUGAUCUUUGUUUGCAAAAUAUCCAGUGUACAGUAAUUGCCCAAUAACUCAGGCAGUGCAAAGCAAUUAUACUCUUGUCAUGAGGCAUGCCAGCUCAUUUCCAUAUAAAAUGAAAUGUAAUGUUUUCUAACCAAUAUUGCAUCACUAUUAGAAAUCCAGCUCAUUAACCCAUUAAGCGCCAGCGCUCUCCCCUUGACGAGUAAAAUCGUCUGGCGUUAGACAGAGUAAAAUACUAAAGUAGGGUGCAUCAGGGUGCAAUGCGACUCAAUGGGUUAAUUAACCUGCAAUAUUAUUAUGCAUUGUAAUUACAUACUGUACAGAGCCUGAUGCAAGUCUUGACCCACACCAAAGUUUUAUUUUUAGUACCGGUAUCCAAUCAAAAUGUGCCAGGCGCAAUGUCAAAUUAUUUCACAUAAUUUAACAACAAGCUAAAUAUAGUUACAAUCACUAUUUAAUCUAUCAUUAUUUAAUUAUAUAUAGCACUAACCAAAAUAUCAAAAAAAUACAUUAAAUAUGGCAUGAAUACUCAUGCUAGAAGUAGCCGGCAAUCAGAGUUACAACCAUAAAGGCAGUUGUAGGACACAAACAUUUAAUAACAUGUGACUUUAUCAGGUCUUCAUUUUUCUUUGCCCGCCAGCUGUGAGAAAAAUGAAGGUCUGCAUGGGCACAGGUUAUAUAAAUCCCAUGUAAACAGAGAUGAAAUUUGCCUCAGUAAAGCAAGCUGUCAAGUUUGGUAAUGGGGCUGGUUUGCCUCCAGACAAACAAAUCUCUGUAAAUACUGUAAAAUGUCUAAAAUGUCAAACUACCUCAUCCCCCCACCCCCCUCACAACCCCCCUCCUGGUAUGAACAGCAGUAUCAAAUAGACACAAACUUUAAUUAUUAUGUUAUAAAUACAUACAAAUCUACAUUAACUGUGGAGCCAAUUUUCCACUUUAUGCACUUCUUGAACUGAACAAUUAACAAUGUACUACAAUGUAAAAUAUACAUAAAUUCCACUUACUUUAGAGCCCUAGUGGCCGUAGUGGGCAUCUCACAUUCUCACAGUAUAAAUAUACUUCAAUUCUUGUGCUCACUGCUCAGUUGAAAGAUCAAAUUCAUUCCAAACCUUGGUAAUUAAUUCGACAGUAACUUAAUUGCUCUCCAUCAUAUUCGAGGGAUAUUUCUUCGCAUUAUUUGUUCAUUUGCAUAUGUGUUUGCAUAUCCUUGCCGCCAUGACUUGAAUCGAAUGCCUCGUUACGUCACAGUAGAUUUUGAUUUUGAAAUUUGCAUCAGUGAACUGAUGCGAGCGCCCGCAAUCUGCAUGCGAUGCAUCGCUCAGCGGACUAAUCUACCGUGACGUAGGGCUCUAAAACAAUAGAUUUGAUGAUGUCACAGUAGAUUUUACGCGGAAAAGGACUCGGGACCGAUGCAUUCACUGAUGCAAAAUGGCUGAAAAUCGAUGCAAACAAAAUCUACCGUGACGUAGGUGAUGCAUCAGCUUUCUACUGUGACGUCAAAGGAUGCGGUAAAAAAUAAUAUAUUUUGUCGCGAAAUUAUUCACGCUUAAGUGUCGCAAAAUAAAAAGUAAAUAACAGAAAAUACUUUUGCGAUCGCACGUCGCAUAUUGGACUUAUUUUGACAAUUUCGACUGUUAUUGAGACAAUUUAAAUUGGAUUUCAUCCUAAAUAGUGUAUUCCCGACAUGGACAGUCACAUGGAGUCAAGUUUAAGCAAAUAUUUGCGGUUUGAUAGCUGGAGAGAUUCAAAGAUAUUCUAUUACUGAGUGCUUGACUAAGUAUUGACGACAUAUUAUUUCAAGCAACAUGAUUUCUCAAUUUUGACCGAUGCAUUCGCAUCGCUGGCAUCGGUCUGGAUCCGCCCCUGCUUUAAUACCUGCAUGCCUAAUACUAAUUCUAAUACUCUGUAAAUAAUUUUCUAAAGUUUAUACUUCUGUAAUGUCUUUUAUACACGCCCCCUGUGGAAAUCAGCUUCGGUUGACGGGGUUAGCGUGGUUAAAUAAAGUUUAUCUAUCUAUCUACAAUCUUUUCACCACAGAAGCUACAUAUCUAGGGGGUGUGAGCCUAAAUUUAACACUUCCAAGGGACAUGUGAAGAGUAUGUCCUGAGGGAAGAAAUAUGACCAAAUAGAUGUUGAUUACAGUUGAUUUCACAUAACUUUUCUGUGAAUGUUGCGAACUUCAUUGUGAAGUUCAAAAGUUCAUACUGAAAUUCACAAGCUGGUUUGUAAACAAAGCCUCUGAUUGGUCCCUGAAUAAAAUAAACCAAUUAGAGGCUUUGUUUACAAACUGGCUUGUGAAUUUCAGUAUGAACUUUUGAACUUCACAACAAAGUUCGGAACAAAGUUUGCAACAUUCAGGGAAAAGUUAUGUGAAAUCAACUGUAAUAGGGAAUAAACAUUCAAUUAAUUUGAGAUAUGGACUGCAUGCUGGUGUUCAGAAAGUUAUACAGUAAUUGGUUUUAUAGUAUUUGAUAAGUGUUUUCUCUAACAAUCCAAGGAUAAAGCUUUAAAAGAAAUUGAUGAUGAAGAAGAUCUGGAAACUCAUUCAACAUCAGAUGACAGUGAGGAUGAGGACAUUGUUGAACACAGGAGACUACAGCAAGCUUUGUUUGAGAAAGAAAAGGUUAUAGCAUGCAUGAUAGGGUGCGACAUAGUGUCAGGGCCGCCGAGAGAAUUUGCAGGGCCCGGGGCAAAUCUUCCCUGGGGCCCCAUGACAUCAUAUUUUUAAGCUAGACCCUAACUAGACUGCAUGUGGAGGUACUGUAAGGGGCCCUCAAUUUCAAAAAUUCUCUGACCAAUUUAAAGAACCUACUCAAUUUUAGGCUCUCACGAAUAUGUUAAGGUGGGGGCCCAGGACAAUUUGCCUGCCUCCCCACCCCCCACCCCCUCUUGGUGGCCCUGCAUAGUGUUGCACACUGUAACAUUUUGUUGUCCACUGAUUUUCUGUGACUGUAGUCUGGUUUCCUACUUAGGGAAAUGAUCUGUUCAAAGAGGGCAAGUAUGAAGCAGCCAUCAAUCGAUACACGACAGCUAUUGGGCUAGAUCCAUACAAUGCUAUAUUACCAGCAAAUAGAGCUAUGGCUUUAAUAAAAGUACAAAGGUAUGGGAAAACAGCCAGUUUGUGUACCGCAAUAUAAUGUAGAUUAAGAGUUAAGUUAGUGAUCCCAAAUGCCAAAAAACUUGUUGGAAAAAGCUAAAGUUGGCUUGGUCUAGAUGGCUACAGUAAAACGUACAAUUUCUGUUUGCUAUUCAGAUAUGGUGCAGCAAUACAAGACUGCGAUACAGCCCUAGAGUUGGACAACACGUAUGUAAAGGCGUAUGCCAGGAGAGCAUCAGCUAAACAAUCUCUAGGAAGGUUGAAGGAAGCCAUGGAAGAUUAUGAACAAUUGCUGAAUGUAGAACCUGGCAACAAGCAAGCUUUGGAUGGCAUUGAGAAAGUUACAAAGGUAAUACCAAAUAAUAUUGCUGGUUUUUGAUAAAACUGAGCGUACUUGACAGCCAGUAAAUGAUGGUCAACUUGGGAAAUGUUGAUGCCACCAAAUACAAGUAUACUUUAGUAAUAAUGAAAAGAAUUAACGUUAUCUGUGACAGCACUGUGACCUGUUCUGCUGCACGAUAGUGCUUAGUAAAACCCAUUUAUGUGUAGUUUGAAGUGUUUUGAUGCCACCAAACUGUUGUCUUUUAAACUUUAGAUGUUGGCUAAACAAUCUCAGGGUAGUAGUAAGAAAGAAGGGCAACCAAUAGCUGAAUUACCCAAAGUAUGUACAGGUUUUAUUCUGCCUAAAUAUGCUAUCAAAAACUUGUAAAACCUUGUGUAUGCUUUGAGUAGCAACUUUUCUACUUUUUAGAAACCAAUGAAACGUUAUCUGAUUGAAGAAAUUGGCUCAGCCAGCAGUGAUGAAGAAGAAUUAGGUCUUGACAAGGACAGCCAAAAUACUUCUCUAGAGGACACAUCUGGUUUAAUUCAAACAUUGAAUCAUUUAAGUCUACCAAGCCAGGCUCCUGUGAAUAACACUACUUCUGUACCAGUCAAAACAAUUGGUGAAAAUACAGAAUAUAGUAAGACUAUAGAAGAUCAUAACCAUUUAACUAAACCUGCCAACACAGACGAACACGACACUGAUACAGCCUCACAACAUGAAAGUAGUGAACCCUUGCAACAUAGACCCACUAUUUCAAAAGAAACUUCCACUGGUACAUCAUCCCUUACUACUACAGUGCCUUCAAACAGCUGUCAUAAUGGCGAGGCAACAAUUUGGGAACUCACACCUCCCCUCUCGUCAAUACAAUUUCAAACUACUUGGAAACGUUUAGAAAAGAACCCAGAACUACUGUAUAGCUAUAUGAAGGUAUGUUGUCACUUUUGUACAAUUGAAUCUGUAGUAAUGUUGGGUGAAAUUCUAAAUUUAAAGUUAUCAUAACUGUGAUUGCCUGGACUGUUUUUGAUGAAGCCUGAAGACUAGAUCAAAUACUGAUUUUGUUGAAUUUUUUAAGAUUAUACCACCAGACCAUCUUCCAAAAGUUUUGGGUGAAUCAGUGGAGUCGUCGUUUUUGAUGAAAAUAUUCUCAAUCCUUAGCGAUUUUUAUGUAAGGUAAACUUCGUACUCAAUUAAACUUUCUUCAAAUUGAUACAAAAAUUUAUUCUCUGUCAUAAUUAGUAAUUAAUCACAAAGGUAUUUUACUUUAAUUCACUUCAAGGGAUUGCCGUUCUGUCUUUAAUGAACUUAAGAAUAUUUCACAAGUGAAACGUUUUUCUAUGACAUUGAUGUUCUUGUCGACAAAAGAAAAAUCUGGUAAAAAAUAUUCUCUUUUUUACCUACAUUAUUUUAUGUCAAAAUUCCAGGGUGCGAUCAUUCAAGAUUUCUUGUCGUGCCUGACUGGUACGCCAAUGGUUGUUGCCGCGUACUUGCGCUAGAACAAACUCAGUACUCAAUGUAUACUUAGUCUUUACAAUAAGGUUCAUAAAGUACAGGUUUCUGAAAAGUAUGUUCAGACUACGAGGUAGCAAACGGAGUUUUGCUAUUUGAAACUGGAGUUUUGCUGUAUUUGAAAAGGGUGUUUUGCUAUUUGAAAAGGGUGUUUUGCUUUUGAAAUGGGUGUUUUGCUAUUUGAAAUGGGUGUUUUGCUAUUUGAAAAGGGUGUUUUACUAUCUGAAAAGAGAGUUUUGCUAUUUGAAACGGGAGUUUUGCUAUUUGAAAAGGGUAUUUUGCUAUUUGAAAAGGGUGUUUAGCUAUUUAAGAACGGAGUUUUGCUAUUUCAAACAACCGACUCCAACGUUUCUUAGUGCCAUCAGUGCAAUCAUGUUUCAUGCCAAGACAUCUCAGAUACAUGAUAUACCAACUAAAUUACGGUAUUGAAUACGACUUGGAAAGGUCAUGUGCUACCAGCAAAAAAUAAGUACGCGGAUAGCAAGAGUUCCGCGUACCUACGUGGCUGAAAACAGAAGUACCAGACAGUAAUAUUGGCGUACUUCCGGUACGUAAGUACGCGAAUUAUCGCACCCUGAAAAUUCACAUAUAGAAUUGGAAUUACGAACUUCUAAUUAACUGUGGACAGUGGAAACACGUUUAAAAAUGUCUGUUUUCUUUUACUAGUGAUAAACGAUCUGUUCGACUACAUGGAAAAACUAUCAGACAAUGAAAAAACAUUUACAGACAAUGAACUACAUGCUUUGAAGAUAAAGUAUGGAGUUAGGUGA